AUGGCCACAUCUCUUUUCUCCAGCCUCAAAGGCUACACGUACAAGACCAUCCCGUACAAAUCUACCCCCGAUGGCGACAUCGUUCUUGAUGUCGUGUACCCAGAGGAAGCCGAUGAUUCACCGACGACUGUUCUCAUCCACAUCCACGGCGGAUUUCUGAUCGUCGGGGACAGAUACAGCUUUGCUCCAUACUGGGGGCUCAACUCUGUAACCGCUCGGAAAUGGAUCUUCGUGAGCCCUGACUACCGUCUUGUCCCAGAGUCUACAGCCCAUGCAUCACUAGAUGACUCCAUCGAUGCGUACUACUGGGUGCGCUCGUCACUGGCUGAUGCCAUUGGACGUCCUAUUGGAUCUGUCUUGCUGUCUGGUUCCAGCGCUGGAGGAUAUCUGGCAUUGGCAACUGCGAAUGCUGUCGAGCAAAAGCCAGAUGCACUGUUGCUCAUCUAUGGAAUGCUCGAUGCAGCUGGUCCGAGAUAUACGACUCCCGGUACAAAUAUCUGGGGCGAACCGCCUUUUGACACUGCCUCGGUCUUGAGCCAAUUUCCCAGGCCGAAAGAAGAUGAUGGCCGAAAGGCCAUCUCUGGAUAUCCCCCUCCUGAGAACUUCCAGCAAGACCCGCGGUUCCAAGUUGCUUCCGCUCUUCACAUCGACGCCCUCUUCCCAGACUACAUGACCGGCGUUGAAGGCCUAAGCUGCGAGAUCGCCAGCAAGGGCAUUGAUGCCAUCCCCGAAGAACACCGGCGGUUGUUCCCUCUUUCUUUCGGUGACCUUGCCAAGAUUCCCCGCACAUUCUUGCUCCACGGUGUUAACGACUCUGCUGUGACGAUUGACUGCAGUAUCGUAGCUGAGAAGAAACUUCGUGAGGCAGGUGUUGAGGUAGUCAAGGACUUCCCGGAGGAUGCGGAGCAUGGAUUCGAUGGUAGAAUUGGAAAUUUGGAUAUCGAGAAGCCGGAGGCGGAUGGUAUUCCUAACGUUGGGAGUCUCAGGAACGCCAUUCGCUUUCUUGACUCUUCCGUUGAGAAGUAA